AUGACAACCGAUUCUACCGUCGCCGUUCCUGUUUCCUCGAACGAUUCCGUCUCUUCUGAACGGAAAUUCCUCAAGCACAUCCGUGAUAACGUUCACGGCAACAUCUUUCUCGAGCCUAUCUACUUAAAGUUUGUUGACACAGAACAAUUUCAAAGACUUCGUGAUUUGAAGCAGCUUGGCCUAUGUCAUAUGGUUUACCCUGGGGCUGUACAUUCUCGUUUUGAACAUUCAUUGGGUGUUUAUUGGCUUGCUGGCAAAGCUGUUGAUAUCAUUAAAAAAUUCCAGGGCCCCGAGCUUGGUAUUGAAAAAUUUGAUGUAUAUGCAGUAAAACUUGCUGGUUUACUGCAUGAUGUUGGUCAUGGGCCCUUCAGCCACACUUUUGAGCGUGGGUUCCUUCCCUUGGUUCUUAAUGGCUCUACUUGGUCUCAUGAGGAAAUGUCUGAGAAAAUGAUAGACUACAUUGUUGAUCACCACAAUAUUGAUUUGGAUCCUCAACUCCUCAAAAAAGCAAAGGAAAUGAUCACUUCUAGCUCUGACCAUCCUACUCCACAAAGAGAAAAUCAGUUCUUAUAUGAUAUUGUUGCAAAUGGUCGCAAUGGAAUUGAUGUUGACAAGUUUGAUUACAUUGUUCGUGAUUCACGUGCGUGUGGCCUAGGGUGCAACUUUCAGCCUGAAAGAUUGAUGGAAACCAUGCAAGUUAUGGAUGACGAAAUUUGCUAUCGUGCUAAAGAUUAUCUGACAAUUCACAAGUUAUUUGCAACCCGUGCUGAUUUGCAUCGAACAGUCUAUACACAUGCAAAAGUAAAGGCUAUAGAGCUGAUGGUUAUUGAUGCAUUGGUGAAAGCAAAUCCAUAUCUUCCUAUUGCAUCCUCUAUUCAUCAACCAUCUUACUUUUGGAAGUUAGAUGACUCUAUUCUUAAAACAAUUGAGUCUUCUUCCCAGCAAGAGUUGAAGGAGUCCAGAGACUUGAUUCUGCGCAUUCACAGAAGAGAUCUUUACCAGUUCUGCAAUGAAUUCUCUGUUCCAAAAGAAAGACUGGAGAACUUCAAAAGCAUCACACCCCAAGACAUUGUUUGUUCCCAGACAAAUGGCUCCAAUUUGAAAGAAGAUGAUGUUGUUGUGAGCAAUGUUAAAAUUGAUUUAACACGUGGAACAAAAAACCCUCUUGAAAGAAUUAAAUUUUUCCAGGACUACGAGAGUAAUGAAAAAUUUCCCAUCCAAAACGAGCGAAUCAGUCAUUUGUUGCCAGCAUUUUACGAAGACAUCAUAGUGCGAGUGUACAGUAAGAAGCCUGAACUGGUGGAAGCUGUUUCUAAGGCUUUCGAAAAUUAUCAGCUCAAGACAUUUGGAAGGAAUGCACAGGUGCACGAAACUCCCGAGAAGAAGAAGCGUCUUAAGUAUAAGACCUACCCUACUGGAUUUGAACAUGUAGAUAUCUACUAG